AUGGCCAUCAAAGCAAUCAAAUGUGCUCCUUGUAUUCUAAAUGUUAAAGUUGAAAGCUUGACCCGUAUUGUUGAUGUUUUGCGAGACAAUGGAGUCCCAAAAAAUAAUAUUGCUCUGCUGUUUCGUUACCGGCCUUAUGUUAUUAUUUCAUAUCCGGUGAGUUUUAAAAGGCUUACAAAGGAAGUGACUCUAAUGGGAUUUCAACCUUCCAAGAGUCAAUUUGUUUUAGCAAUUACUGUACUGAGGUCCAUGAGCACAUCCGCAUGGGACAAAAAGAUUGAUGUGCGUAGGAAAUGGGGUUUGUCUCCAGAAGAAAUUCUUUCAGCAUUUGUAAAGAAUCCAUGGUUUAUGGGCUUAUCUGAAGAGAAGAUCAUGGGAGUGAUGGAUCUUUUUGUCAACAAAUUGGGUUGGGAGUCUUCCUAUCUUGCCAAAAAUCCUACUAUUUCAUCUUUUAGCUUGGAGAAAAGGCUUCUCCCAAGGGCUUUGGUCUUGGAAGUUUUAGUUUCUAAAGGCAUGGUUGAGAAGAGUUUCAGAAGCCUUGCAUUCUUCAAAACUCCUGAAAAUCUCGACAGAUUUCUCUGCAAAAGCUUAGCGUUAGGCAGUUCUAAUAGAGCUAAUUUGUCAGUUCAUAAAGCAUUACCCUAUUUUCUGGAAAACCCUUCCACAUUAUCAUGUCUCAGAUACAUUUCAUCAGUGAAUACAGAUGAUGUAAAAGAACAUUCCUUUACAGUCACAUACCUUAUGAACAAAUGUGGGUUCUCUCAAAAAUCUGCUUUAGAAGUUUCUAAACACGUUGAUUUUGAAUCCCCAGAUCAGCCUGAUUCCGUUCUUGACGUUUUCAAGAACCAUAGCUUCUCAAAAGACCAUAUUUUGAAACUAGUGAGGAGACGCCCGAAAGUGCUUUUGUCUAAACCUGACAAAACACUUUUGCCCAAGCUUGAAUUUUUCCAAUCUAAAGGUUUUUCAAGCCCCGAUGUAGUCGAUAUCAUUUCAUCCAACCCAUGGAUUUUGGAGCGUGGCUUAGAAAAUCAGUUAGUCCCUGCUUUUGGUUUUUUUGAAAACUUCCUCCAAUCUGAUGCCAUGACCAUCAAGGCAAUCAAACGUUCCCCUUAUAUUCUGCAUGUUAAUGUUGAAACCAUAGCUCGUAUUGUUGAAGUUUUACGAGACAAUGGAGUCCCUGAAAAGAAUAUUGCUCUGCUAGUUCGUUACAAGCCUUCUGCUAUAAUUUCAAAUGUGGAGAAUUUUAAAAAGCUCAUACAGGAAGUGACUCUGAUGGGAUUUCGUCCUUCCAAAAGUCAAUUUGUUGUAGCAAUUAUUAUUCUGAAGUCCAUGAGCACGUCCACAUGGGAAAAAAGCUUGAUGCGCAUAGGAGAUGGGGUUUGUCUCAAGAAGAAAUUCUUGCAGCAUUUGUAA